AUGUCUUGUUCUAUAAACUUGCCUCAACGGCCUGCGUUCGCUCGUUGUACUCCAUCAAAGCUCCUUGUGUCCACCUAUCAGUUAGAAGGUUCUGAUUCACGGGUUGGCUCUCUCUACAUUCUCUCGCAUAGCCUCGAUAUUUGUCGCUGUAUUACAGCCCCAGCUGGGGUGUUCCGAUUCGAUUUCGUGGAACCACACGUUGUUAUAGCAGCUAUCACUGAUGGCUCCCUAUUUACUGCGUCUAUUACAGAUUCACAGUCAAAUUCCUCUAUAUCUGUGGCGGAAGACAUUUUGCUUGAUGUUUCAUCGCGUUCCUCAACAAGUCAUGUGUCCUGCACCGACAAAAUGGGCUUCGCUUACGUUGUAGAUCUGGCUGUGGGAAUAGUUACUUCUAGAUGGAAGGCUCACUCGUUGCCUUACACUGAUACUGGAUGCGAGGUGUGGACGUGCGCCCAACAUGAUAAUAUGCUAUGCACGGGUGGAGAGGAUGAAACCUUAAAGGUAUGGGAUGCUCGAAGUCAGUGCGUUGUCCAGCGUUUCAGUCAAUUUGAAGCCGGAGUCACAUUUAGCGAGUGGCAGGAGGACAGGUUGAUUCUAUCCGGUAGCUACGACCAAAACAUCCGUCUGUUUGAUAUGCGUAAUAAUCGGGACGCAGUCAAAACCGUGCAGACGGAUGGAGGAGUUUGGCAUAUUGAGAACUGUGAACGCGCCGGUCUGCGAUACUAUCUCUCCUCAUGUAUGUACGGCGGCUGGGCAUUACUUGAUCAGAAUUUCGAUAUUGUAAGUAGAGAUAAGCUUGCUGGAGAACAACUUCUCUAUGGAAUAACUUUGCUGAAUGAAAAUACUCUCGCUUACACUACGUUUAAUGAUUCUAAGGUAAGCACUGCCACACUGUGA